UACUUGACAAAAGACAUACGCAAGGAAAGGAACUUUAUUCUCCUCACCCUCGACUUUGUGAAAAUUCUAGUCCUCUCAUUGAUUUCGCGUAUAAACAUGUGAGAAGUACAGUAACUGAUUGUCCGUUUGCUGGGACAAUCACACAAGAUUUACUGGAAAGCGGUUCUGACUCAAUGUCUGGACAAGCCUUUUCAGACAUGCCUUUUACGUUUUUCGUUGGAGGCGAAAAGGCUGGUCUAGCAACUAGGCAGAGGAAAAAUCGUAGCAGAACUUCAAGUAAUAUACUGUAG